GUGGGGGCGGCGAAGGUUUCGUGGCCCCGAGGAAAGUACGGGCGGGGAGGGUGGGGGCUCCUGUGGACUCUUGCUGUGUUUGGGAGCCUUGGGUCCUAAGGUCAGAGGUCAGGUUCCACCCCACCCCCUGCCUCACACUUAGCCCUGGAAGUUUCUAGCAGGUGGAAGCAGGGCUCUAAGACACUAAGGCCAGUAAGCGCUAGGCCUGGAUGAAGGGGGAACUUAGAGUUGGACAAGAGUUAUGUGGGAAGGGGAGAGAACUGCGAAUAGUGGCAGUGAUCGAGGGCCACUAGCAAUGAGUUGGGCUCUGGACGGAGCUGUGUAUGUGCUAGAAAUACAUCAGGAGGCAAAACUAGGGUAGAACUUGGCCAGACUGGGAAAGUAAAAUUCUGUUUCCGUUUAAGACACCUGUUCUCCAAUCCUGGAGUCCUGUUGAUGAAAGAGUCUGGUUAACUUUGCUCUGUUGAGUGUUCACAUGCGGUUCAUAUGUCGCUCUGCACAGCUCAUCAACCAGAAAAUUUAUAGUUAGCUACAAAGAAGACCAAGUCAGUGCAGAUGGCUUAAUUAACACAAGUCUGUUUCCCCACUGGAGGGCAGGGGGACAGCACACAAACAACACAAAGCGCAAGAGAGUAUACACUGCUGCUAAGGGUGAUCAUUUAUUGACUUAGCAGAUGCAUCCAGCACCUCCUCUGCGUUGCUAAUACUGUGGGUUAUACAGAUACAAAGUUGUCACUCUCAAGGGGCUGAUAGUCUGAGGUAAGGGGAAAGGUAGCUUCACACCUUGGUUGUUUAAAGAAAGAACGUGAUUAAGCCCCAGAGAGUCAAGCUUUUUUUGGUUAAUUGGGGAAUUUUUUUCUCUCACGGUGGUCAAAUUUACUCGCAUAUGAAAUGAGGAAGAAUGGAUCUGAGCUGUGAUUACUGUGGCAUGGAUUAAGUGACAGCUCUGAUGUGCUCUUCACCUGAGAGGGUCUUUAUGACAGGAAGUGGUAAACAUGGUGUGGGCACGGGCAGUUCCUCUCUGUGGAAUCUGAUGGGCAAUGCCAUGGUGAUGACACAGUAUAUCCGCCUGACCCCAGAUAUGCAAAGUAAACAGGGUGCCCUGUGGAACCGGGUGCUACAUUGUCUUCCUUGAGGUAUGGCGGCAAGAAGUGAAUGCAGUAUUCCUGGUGUGGCUGCACUGUGAUUUUGUACAAGUCCUUGUUUCCUGAGAGACUGGGAGUUGCAGGUGCACUUCAGAAUCCACGGACAAGGGAAGAAGAAUCUGCAUGGGGAUGGCUUGGCGAUCUGGUACACAAAGGAUCGGAUGCAGCCAGGGCCCGUGUUUGGAAACAUGGACAAAUUUGUGGGGCUGGGAGUAUUUGUAGACACCUAUCCCAAUGAGGAGAAGCAGCAAGAGGCCCAGAAGAGGCGAUAUUCUCCAGGAGUCCAGCGGGUGUUCCCCUACAUCUCAGCCAUGGUGAACAAUGGCUCCCUCAGCUAUGAUCAUGAACGGGACGGGCGGCCUACAGAGCUGGGGGGCUGUACAGCCAUUGUCCGCAAUCUCCAUUAUGACACCUUCCUUGUGAUCCGAUAUGUCAAGAGGCAUUUGACGAUAAUGAUGGACAUCGACGGCAAGCAUGAGUGGAGGGACUGCAUAGAGGUGCCCGGGGUCCGUCUGCCCCGGGGCUACUAUUUUGGCACCUCCUCCAUCACUGGGGAUCUCUCGGACAACCAUGAUGUCAUUUCCCUGAAGCUGUUUGAACUGACAGUGGAGAGAACACCAGAAGAGGAGAAGCUGCACCGGGAUGUGUUCCUGCCCUCGGUGGACAACAUGAAACUGCCUGAGAUGACAGCACCACUGCCACCCCUGAGUGGCCUGGCUCUUUUCCUCAUCGUCUUUUUCUCUUUGGUGUUUUCUGUAUUUGCCAUUGUCAUCGGGAUCAUACUGUACAACAAAUGGCAGGAACAGAGCCGAAAACGCUUCUACUGAGCCCUCCUGCAACCAUGACCUCUGUGAUUGUCACCCAGGAGGUGUUGGAGCAGCAGGUGCUGCCCUGAUCACACAGCCUGGCAGGGCUCUUCUCCCAUCUUGAGCAGCUGGUCUGGGACUCAGUUCUGUCACUGGAGCUUUAAGUGCAAGGAUACUGUUCCCAUGAUCACCGUGAAGACGUCUAACUCUGGAUCAGGAAGCACACCCACCCACCCAGGCGACACUGCUGUGAUGUGCCUUUCCUUCAGUCCUGCCUCUUGGGAGUGAAGAGGGACAGAGAGAACAUGGGCUGUCUUGAUGCCAGAAACACAGAAAAGAGUUUCCUAGCCCAGGCUGCCUUGUUGCUGGACUCAGAGGACCCUGUCCUUCAUUUUUAAAUCUGCAAAGACUAGAAAACUGACAGCUCCUUGUACCUUCCAGCCAUCUAUCCACUGGUUUUUGCUUUUUGUCUGAGUCUCUGGCCACUUGAGGAGCUUGCUUUGGAAAUCUGGGUGGAAGUUUUUUCCCUGCUUCAUCUUCCUCUCUCUCUGUUCACUGUGUUCUCUGUAAUGCAGCCGAGCUGGAGAAGACACUUGGAUGCCUUUGCUGGGGCCUCGGGUGCAGGAUGAACUUUAGUUUCACUGAUCCCCGUUAGGUGGCUGUGGGGAGAGGCCAUUCUGCUGUGGCUCACUGCUCCAGCCUGGAUCUUGGUUCUCUUGGCGUGUUCAUGACCUUCCUAAUUAGGUCCCUUCAGGCCCUCCGUCAGGUUCGGCUGAAAGCUGGUGUGCAAGUCACGGGAAGCUUAGGAGAUGUCAUGGAUGCCGUGGGACUCACUGUGACACUGUUCCACAUUCUGACACCGAAAGCAGCACCUGCCAUGUGAUCUGACCACACGGAGAUGUUUCUGGACUCUCUGGAGCCUGCUUAGCCGCCUGCAUGUUUUGCGUUCAUCAUGAUUUUUGGAAUCCCACAAGAGUGUUCAAAAUGUAAGCAAGCUUUCUUUUAUAACCUCAGUCUGGAUACUUCAGAAGGAAAUCUGUCUUCUCUUUCUUAAUGGAUAAGAAAUAGUUGUUGAGAGUCUGGGAGCAAUGGACCCUCGUCACCUGUGCCUGGAAAAGUUGGUUGUCGUUGAGCAGCAGGGCCCAAGUGUCCUCCUCUGUGGGUCAACCCUGAUUCCACUGCCUUACCUGACAAGUCACGUGCUGCUCGCCUGUCUGCCCUGUGAUCCAACCACUAACAGGACAGAGUCUCCUUCGAGGGCCUGAAUGCCGAGCUCUACUAGCCAUGUGCUUCUGUAGCCCCAGGGAGAUUAGUAAAAUGGCUGGUGGAAACCAC